AGCAUCAAAGGCGCCUGCCGCACUGAAAGAAAGAGGCUAAGAACGCCUUUUGUGUGAAAAAAGACAAAAUGACGAGUCUGCUGUGCAUCACUUUAUUCUCCUUGACCCUGGCUGGCAUUGUACACAGUCAGCUGACAGGCACUCCCGGGUCAUAUUCAGUUAAGGUGAUCACCGAGCUCGGAGCCAAUGUCACUUUACCGUGCCAUCUCCCACAAAAAAGCCGCAGUUUCUUUAGCGUUGGCAUCCGGGUCAAAUGGACCAAGCUUGCAUAUGACGAGGCUCUGAAUGAGGAUGUGCUGCUUUCCAUGGGCUUCCACAAGAAAACCUAUGGGAGCUUCGAGGGUCGCGUCUUCCUUCAGGAGCUGGAUAGUGAUGACGCUUCCUUGGUGAUAACUGACGUUUCCAUGGAUGACAGUGGAACGUACCGUUGUGAGAUCAUCAACGGGAUGGUAGAUACCAUACUAGACAUUGGCUUGGAGGUGCAAAGUGGCCUCACUGAUGGUGUGGUGUUUCCCUACUCUCCGCCUCUUGGUCGCUACAGCUUUAACUUCGACGAGGCUGCGCAGGCUUGUUUGGAGCAGGAUGCGGUGGUUGCCACCUUUGACCACCUGUUCGAAGCCUGGAAGGAAGGCCUGGACUGGUGCAACGCUGGCUGGCUGGAAGACGGCACCGUGCAGUAUCCCAUAACAAAGCCCAGAGGACCCUGUGGUGGGGCCAACAUCAGUCCCGGCCUCAGAACCUACGGCAGGCGUGACAAGUACCUGAGCCGCUUCGAUGUGUUCUGUUUUGCCAGUGCAUUGAAGGGACAUUUCUACUGGCUGACGCAGCCCGACAGGCUCAACUUCGACGAGGCCGUCCAGGCUUGCUUCGAUGAUGGCGCAGAGAUUGCCAAGGUUGGUCACAUGUUCGCCGCUUGGAAGCUAGAAGGCUACGAUCGCUGCGACGCCGGCUGGUUGGCUGACGGUAGCGUCCGCUACCCGAUCUCCAGGCCCCGCAGGAACUGCAGCCCCACAGAGGCUGCAGUGCGCUUUGUUGGAUUUCCAGACAAGCAAGAAAAGCUCUACGGUGUCUACUGCUUUAGGCCUGAGCCCUGA